AGGAAAAGCUGUUUGUCGUUGGCUGUCCACCAGCAACAAUCAACCUUCAGCUGCUUUCAUCGUCGUCGUCGUCAAAGUGUCCGACAUGUCACCGCUCGUGGCGCUGCUUCUUGUCUCCCUGGUGUCGUCUGCUACCCUCUCACUCGCCGUGGAUCCUGGAGACAGUCAAGGAGCUUCUUCUGGUUUGCAGGAGCAGGACAAGAGGGCCGUGGACUCUGUGCAACUACAGGCAAACAUUCUCGACCUGGCCACAAAAAGAGAGUUAGACGAGCUUCGAUCCUGGGCAACAGGUCGGUUGGCCACCCUCGAGUUACAGACCGUGACGUCACAGCUACAGUCGGCACUGCCAUCAUCUGCCAGUUCGCUGUACACACGAUGGGGAAGUGAGACCUGCUCUAACACGUCAUCACUAGUGUACUCAGGUGUCAUAGGAGGAGGGUUCUAUAGCAAUCCCGGCUCAGCGGCCAACACCCUGUGUCUCACCCUCCAGCCUGUCUACGACGGCCACAACCCCACCAGUGUGAGUGCAACUCUCUACGGUAGCGAGUACGAGACGACUCCAGAAGAGAAGCAGGACCAAGAUGGCGUCUGCUCAGUCUGCCGUGUCCAUCGGUCCACCACCCUCAUGAUACCCGGAACUAACGUCUGUCCUAACGGGUGGACUCUGGAGUACAGCGGGUAUCUGAUGGCAGGCCGUGACGAUCAUCCUGCUUCCACGGAGUACAUCUGUGUGGACAAGAAACAAGACGCACGGUACGGCUCCAACGCUAACAACAACGGUAAAGUCUACCACUACACCGUCGGCAUCUGCGGCAGUCUGCCGUGUCCCCCGUAUGUUCAGGGCAAGGUCGUCACGUGCGUGGUCUGCUCCAAAUAAGUCACGUGACUAGCACGUCACCGCCGCUUUGGUUGGGUAACUCCUCGACACACUUUGUACCCGAGACCUCAGUCAGCAUCAUUACCUGCAGCUGUACGCACGCUGACCACCUACAUUAUCAGGUGUGAUAUACACCUCAAUAAACCUCAAACCAUUAACGUG